ACACGCACACACACACACACACACACUCUCGCAGUGAGUCCUCUUUUCUCCUGCAGAGUUCCUUCCCUUUUCCAGCUUCACCUUCUGUCGGAAUGUGCGCUCCAUAGCCUGGAUCUUCUAAUUAUUCCCGGAUAUCCUGACUGAAGGAUUUCUGAUCCGGUUGUGGUUGAGUUGAGGAAUGUGGAAGAGGAGGACAAUGCUGUUUAAAGCGAUUAUCCUGUGCUUACUGCACAUGGCGUCAGUCGGCCAGGCGCUGGACUGUCACAAAUCGGACGAAUGCCCCAUAGACCUGUAUUUUGUUAUCGAUACAUCAGAGACCAUCGCUCUCCAGGAGCCUCCACCAGGUAGCCUGGUUGACAGUGUGACAAAUUUCACCAAGAAAUUUGUUGAAAAACUGGAAGACGUAGAUUACAAAGGCAAGGUGAAGUUUAACUGGGCUGUGGGUGGACUGCAUUUCUCCAUGACACAGUCGAUCAUUAGCAAACUCACCAGCAAGGAUGAAUUCAUCAAGAAACUAAGAGAGAUCCGGUACUUGGGCAAGGGCACCUUUAUUGACUGUGCCAUCCAGAAAAUGAGUGAAGAGAUUAUGAUUCAAAGACCUGAUUCUCCGAGCAACGCCAAGACACAGCGCUACGCGGUCGUCAUCACAGACGGCCAUGUGACUGGGAACCCCUGCGGCGGCAUCAAGGUGGCAGCCGAGCAGGCUCGGGACAAGGGCAUAAAGAUAUUUUCCAUAGCAUCAUCCAACAGUCUAGAGGAACUAGGCCUUAGAGAAAUUGCUAAUUCUCCUGUCGGGGUUUACCGCAACAACUACAUGGCAGUCGAUCUCUCCAGAGGACGACCUGAGCUUUUAACAGAACAUAUUGAUCGCAUUUACAACACCAUGCUGCAUCUAGCUUAUCAAGAGUGCUACAGUGUGAAGUGCCUGCAAACACCCGGACCUCCUGGUCCACUUGGUCCCAGGGGUCAGAAAGGUGCCAAAGGAGACAGUGGUUCUACAGGUCCCAAAGGUGACAGAGGCCACCCUGGUGAUCCUGGUAUUGAAGGUCCUAUUGGUUACCCUGGACCAAAAGGAGACCGUGGUCACAAAGGUGAAAAGGGAGAAAUUGGCUCAACAGGAAGGAAGGGAGUUGCAGGCAUUCCAGGACGCAAUGGUACUGACGGUCAGAAGGGCAAAAUUGGCCGCAUCGGGGCUUCUGGCUGUAAAGGCGAAUCAGGUGACAUGGGUCCUGGUGGUUUUGCUGGAGAUGUAGGAGACAGUGGUCUAAAGGGAGCUCCUGGAGAGAAGGGAGAUCCAGGUCGACCUGGGAGAGAAGGGCCACCUGGUCCACCAGGAGACCCUGGUCCUAAGGGUGAGACAGGUAGUUCAGGCACACCAGGUAUCCCUGGGCAAAAGGGCCCUCAAGGAACAGCUGGAGGCCCUGGCAAUAAAGGCGACACUGGAAGAAGAGGAGACCCUGGACCAAAGGGAAGCCAGGGAACAGAUGGGCCAAAGGGAGAAAAGGGUGAACCGGGAUCCGAAGGUCUAAGAGGGCUUCCAGGUGAAGCUGGCAGUAAAGGAACCAAGGGAGAUCAAGGGCUUCCAGGACCAAGAGGUCCCGCAGGACAAAUAGGAGAGCCAGGAAGAAAUGGAAGCCGUGGUGACCCUGGAGAUGCUGGACCAAGAGGUGAUCCAGGACCCCCGGGAGCAAUCGGUGACAGAGGCAGACAAGGAUUCAACUACCCUGGAUCCAGAGGGCCAACGGGUGACAUAGGAGAUAAAGGUAGACCUGGAGCUCGGGGCAGCAGAGGAGAUUGUGGUCAAAAGGGAGAGCCGGGACAGAAAGGAGUACCAGGAGAGCCUGGAGAUCCUGGACCUGAAGGAGAGCCUGGAAGAAGGGGGCCUAAUGGAGAACCAGGAAGAGAUGGUGAUCCCGGUCCAGAGGGAGACCCAGGCCUUACAGAAUGUGAUGUCAUGAACUAUAUCAGAGAGACCUGUGGGUGUUGUGAUUGUGAGAAGAGGUGUGGAGCACUGGAUAUUGUAUUUGUGAUCGACAGCUCUGAGAGUGUGGGACUAACAAACUUCACUCUGGAAAAGAACUUUGUAAUCAACACCAUCAACCGAUUGGGCUCAAUAGCUAAGGAUCCUCACUCGGAGACAGGAACACGUGUUGGUGUGGUCCAGUACAGUCACAGUGGAACCUUCCAGGCCAUCCAGCUAAACGACUCCAAGAUCGAUUCCCUUACAGCCUUCAAAGAUGCGGUGAAGAAUCUGGAGUGGAUCGCUGGUGGCACAUGGACUCCGUCUGCCCUGAAAUUUGCCUACGACAACUUGAUUCGUGAUAGUCGACGUUCCAAGGCUAAAGUGACUGUGGUGGUGAUCACUGAUGGUCGCUUUGAUCCCCGGGAUCAAGACGCACUGCUAGGUUACCUGUGCACGGAUAGCAGCAUCGAUGUAAAUGCCAUUGGUGUUGGAGACAUGUUUGCAGAGGAAGAAGAAUCUGAGAGUUUGAAGUCCAUUGCCUGUGACAAGCAAGAUAGAGUGACGGGCAUGAAGCGGUUUGCUGACCUGGUGGCAGAGGAAUUCAUUGACAGGAUUGAGACUGUUCUUUGCCCAAACCCAGUGAUUGUCUGCCCUGACCUUCCAUGCAAGGCUGAGCCAGCAGUAGCCAGUUGCGUUCAGCGUCCUGUUGAUCUUGUGUUCUUACUGGAUGGUUCCGAACGUCUGGGCUCGGAUAACUUUCAGAGCGUUCGUGAGUUUGUGGAGAACGUGGCUCACCGCCUGACCUUGGCUCAGAACGCCAAGGACAAAAAUAAAGCUCGUGUGGCUCUGGUACAGUACGGUGGUGAAAACCGUCAGGAUGCAGUCUUCAAACUUACACACAAUUUCACUGUCAUCUCUGAUGGCCUUUCAAACAUGAAGUACAUGGACGCGUCCUCCAACGUGGGCAGUGCCAUUACUUAUGCAAUCAACAACAUCCUGCAGAGCGGAAAUACCCGCUUAGCUCGAAGCAACUCUGAAAUCUCCUUUGUCUUUAUCACUGAUGGAAUCACCGAAAAGAAGAAUCUGGAGGAAGGUAUAAGCUCCAUGCGCCGUGCAGAGGGUGUGCCCACUGUCAUCGCCAUGGGCAAAGAUGAAGCUGUUGACAAGGAAGUGCUGACAAAGCUUGCUCUGGGAGACCAGACAGCUAUUUUCAGAGGGAAAGAUUACUCCCAACUGUCCAAAUCCAGCUUCUUUGAACGUUUCAUUAGAUGGAUCUGCUGAGGAUGAUGGGGUUCACAUCUGAUGGGGUUCAUACUUAUGUAAUGGGGAAACUGGUGUUCUAUUGGAGUCAGCUUGGUCAUUAGAGUCAUUACCUGAAUUUGCAGUAUGUAGUUUUCAUAUAUGGUUUAAAAUGUAGAUUUUUUUUUUUAAAGCUGACUCUCUCUUCAGGUUCACUAGAAUAAUAUCUGUGGGUCACACACAUUAUCAUGCUCACUUCAUAUUGUACCAAUGGAUUUGGGAGAAGGGAACAAGAAGACACUAUAGUAAAGUUACAUGAGAAACACUUAAAAAAAUUACUGACUGAUUAAUGUUUCAACUACAAUACGCCAUUGUAGAUUGUGUGCUUUUAGUAAAUUUCUGUAUUUUUUAACCUAAUUACCUGAACUGUUUUGUAUACACACUAAGGUGCUAAACUAGUGCAAGACUGGAGUUUUUUCCUGUAUAUCUAGGCAAGACAUUUUCAUGAGAUGUUACAUAUCAGCAGAAACCGUUCAGGGGUUAAUGAAGCCAUUUUGAUAAAAUCCUCAUUUUCUCUCUGUGUCAGUCCUAGUCAGGUUUAAUUUCAGACUUCAUUAUCACAAUUCAAAAAGUCUCAAGUUUUGUCAUCAUGGUUUUACGUCCUUAAUAGACGCAGGGAACCAGUCACACGACCGCUUCUUCUUUGAGUCACAGACAAAAAUAUUGUGUAAUUACUCUGAGUGCACUCUUGCUUGGCAACGUGUUUCAAGUUAAACUUUCAUAUUAAAUAACUAUUAAAGUUAUGUUCAUGUACGUAGUUAAAAACAACAGAAUGACAACAAUCGAUGCUGUAAUUAGAUGGUCAUAAAAUUUGACAGAAGAUGAAUUUGACAUUCUGUAGACACUUGAAGGAUGAAAUCCAUUACUUUUUGUAAUCAACUUCAGUGUUAGUACAAUAAAAACAGGUUGUAAACUGAA